GCUCUGCCCAUUUCGCCUCGCCAACACAGAAAACCUCGCAGGAGCAAGAUCUAAUUAGCAGAAACACCACAUCCCAGUAUCCCACAGGCUGAUUAAUCAUUCGAAAUUGAAGACUAAUCAGACGAGCGCUUAGCUAAGUAGCGCGCGAUCCUUUUUUUUCUUGAGCGUGCGAGCGAAAGAGAGUACUGAGGCGCGAGAAGAGAGAUGGCGGCGCUGAACGGCGGCAAGACGUUCGUGCAGGACGAGGAGAAGCAGCAGCUGCUCCUGGAGGAGCACACGGAGAAGCACUUCACCGCCGGCGAGGUGGUCCGGGACAUCAUCAUCGGCGUCUCCGAUGGCCUCACCGUGCCCUUCGCGCUCGCAGCGGGGCUGUCCGGCGCCAACGCCUCCUCCGCGCUCGUGCUCACCGCGGGGCUCGCCGAGGUCGCCGCCGGCGCCAUCUCCAUGGGGCUCGGAGGGUACCUAGCGGCGAAGAGCGAGGCUGACCACUACAACCGGGAGCUGCAGCGCGAGCAGGACGAGAUCGACACCGUCCCCGACGUCGAGGCCGCCGAGAUCGCCGACAUCCUGUCGCAGUACGGGCUGGGCCCGUCGGAGUACGGCCCCGUGGUGACCUCCCUCCGCAACAACCCCAAGGCGUGGCUGGAGUUCAUGAUGAAGUUCGAGCUCGGGCUGGAGAAGCCCGAGCCCCGGCGCGCGCUGGUGAGCGCCGCCACCAUCGCGCUGUCCUACGUCGCCGGCGGCCUGGUGCCGCUGCUCCCCUACAUGAUCGUGCCGGAGGCCGGGCGCGCCAUGGCCGUGUCCGUCGCCGUCACGCUCGCCGCGCUGCUCUUCUUCGGCUUCGUCAAGGGCCGCUUCACGGGCGACAGGCCCUUCUUCAGCGCCGUCCAGACCACCGUCGUCGGCGCGCUCGCCUCCGCCGCCGCCUACGCCAUGGCCAGGGCCGUGCAGUCCAUAUGAUGAUUAAGCAGCUUGCAGGCCGUAUCAUCAGCUCAUCACCGGUCGAUCGGCCGGCAGCCUAGCUAGGUUGGCCGGCCGUUGGCGACGAAAAAUAAGUGCAGCUAUGCAUACGUGGCUUCUGUCACUGGUCAGCUGCUGGUGACUGUACACAUGGCAACGCGUAGUGUACUUGUACUAGUGUACUAUACUACUACUAGUGUGUAUGUACUCUGUUUGAUGGCUGCGUGUAGUCAGUCUAAGAUGACGUGCUGUAUUUUCACCUGUGGAUUAUUUAGGUGAUGAAGUCAACUGUGGCCCGCUGGGCUUUCAAUCCAUUGUUUUAUCUGUCUAUCUAAUGGCAAAUAAAAUGGCU